ACGAGAGCGAUGGCUAGUAGCUCUCAGACGAUAAAAUGUUCUCAUCAUCCAGAGGCUCCGUUGAUCGAAGAUUAUCGAGCGGGAGAUAUGAUUUGCUCUGAAUGCGGUCUUGUUGUCGGAGAUCGAGUGGUUGAUGUUGGCUCAGAAUGGCGAACAUUUAGUAAUGAGAAGGCUACCAGUGAUCCCUCUCGUGUUGGAGCAGCACAGAAUCCAUUAUUAGGUGGAGGAGAUCUGUCAACAAUCAUUGAAAGAGUCCCAGUGGGAAACAGUGAAACAGAUGGAUACUCCAAAUAUCACAAUAGAGGCGGGUUGACUGGUUCGGACAGAAGUCUCAUGAAUGCUUUUAGAGAAAUUGGUAUCAUGGCUGACAGGAUAAAUCUACCCAGGAAAAUAGUGGAUCGGGCAAAUCAAUUGUUUAAACAAGUUCAUGAACAAAAGAGUUUAAAAGGGAGAAGUAAUGAUGCCAUUGCUUCUGCUUGUUUGUACAUUGCCUGUCGACAAGAGGGUGUGCCUAGGACAUUUAAAGAAAUUUGCGCUAUCAGCAAAAUUUCGAAAAAGGAAAUUGGCCGUUGUUUCAAACUGAUACUUAAGGCCCUGGAGACAAGUGUGGACCUCAUAACAACAGCAGAUUUUAUGUCGAGGUUUUGUUCCAAUCUUUGUCUUCCACUUGACGUACAAAAGGCUGCUACACAUAUCGCACGGAGGGCGGUUGACUUGGAUUUAGUGCCGGGUCGAAGUCCCAUUUCAGUGGCGGCUGCUGCAAUUUACAUGGCGUCUCAAGCAUCUGAGACAAAGAAAUCACAGAAAGAAAUCGGUGACAUCGCUGGUGUAGCGGACGUUACGAUUCGUCAAUCGUACAGACUUAUCUAUCUACGUGCAGCAGAACUUUUUCCGACUGAUUUCCAUUUUACUACUCCCGUGGACAAACUUCCGAACCUUUGAUCUUUGUGACAUCUUUCCUCCGUUUUUGAUGUUUAGAUGUUAUUUAUUUGAACAAUAAUUCUUUGGUUUGUUAACAAAACACAUAUUUGUAAAAUUUAGUCCAUUCCAUUGUUCAUGAAGUUUAGUAUUCAACAAAAAAAAAUUUACUCGUAGGAAUUGACUCGUUAUUGAACGUAGCAGUUGCUUUGGGUUACUAAAAGAAGCCACAGGCAAAGCUUGGUAAGAUCUGAGCAAUAUUUCAGGAAACGAAUUGGCUAAAUUACUAACGAAAACGGCGAUGAAUUACGCUUCUUCCUGCAGAAUUCAUUUCAGUAAUCGAUGAAGAAUCAGUUCCAGCGUCAACGUAUAUGAGUACUGAGUUUCGACUAGACUAAUAAAAUUUUCGAACUUCUAGGAUCGAAUGAGGUUGACGCCAAAGAAAUUUGUUAUUUUAGUCAACCUUACUUCGAAUCUGUAAAAUUUUCAAAUUAAUGCUUAGGAUAUUUUCGAUUAUCCGCUUUGAAAUUGCUACCCGUUUUGUAUUGUACAGAUGAAGUGGAUCUAAAGAGAACAAGACGCCUAAAGGCGUUUCCGUGGGAUGCGUUGGCUACUGAGCGUAGCAUUAAAAGGAAUUGUGCAGUUGCAGUAAACUACCAUGAUUAGUCAGUUAGAUCAGCCGAAGAAAUCAUUGUAGAAAAUUUUAGUGUUGAAGAAACCGUGACUGUUUUUGUAACUGAAAAUAGCGAAGAGUGGCAGCUCAAAAACCUUUGGAUUUUUCUGGAACAAACUGUAACUCCACCCACUGAUCUCCUCGUCUCAUCACCUGUUUCAUCCCUCCUAAUAACAACUGCUCGGUAAAAACAAUUUCCAUCUCCACUGUUGUUUAUCAAAAACGUCAGUAAGUACGUUAACAGGCUAUAUACACUUUGGUACAAGUAAAAGACUGUACUGAGUUAUUUUCUAGCGAUUUGUCGUUGAUGUUGCGAUAUUUUGGCACCUUGGUGCGAUGUCAAUUUCGAUAGAAACCUUACGCAAGGUGAGAGGUUAAUCGGUAGAUUUAAAUACAUAUUUCAUGGUUAAUCACACAAAAACGUACGCUUCCCUCGAAAAAACACAACCUAAAGUAAUGAAUAUGGAGUAAGGCAAAACAGCACACACACAAAAAAGAAAUCGUUUAAAGCAACACAACAUGUCAAAUAAAUUCAACAAUCUCCUUUAUCUAAUCAAAGAAUACCUAUGGCCAUUUCGUACAUAAAUUACUUCAUCUCUAGAUGAAACAUGUUUGUCAAAUUGUAAUUAUUGGUUGGAGAGAUUGACCAUGAAAUAGAGGUUAGCUGUGCAUAACGAGGCAAAGAGAGGGUCAGAAUACGACAUUGACAACACAAUUUCUAUCUUACUGUUAACUGAAAUAAGAAGUUCUUCGAACAUAAA